AUGGAUCAAAAGAAACUAGAGGACCUGUUGAAAUUACUACAGCUCAACCAAGGUGAUCUGUCAAAAUUGACAGAUCAACAAAGAAAGGAUAUGAAAGAUUAUAAAUUCUGGAAGACUCAGCCAGUUCAGAAAUUCGAUGAAGCAAUUGAUAAGGAGGGUCCAAUUGAUAUUACAAAAACACCUGCUGACGUUAGAGAUGAACCUUACCCAAUGUUAGGGGAGUUCGAAUGGAGCACAGUUGAUAUCAAUGACAAACACCAGAUGGAAGAUGUCUUCAUUUUACUGAAUGAAAAUUAUGUGGAGGACAAGGAUGCUUCCUUUAGAUUCAAUUAUACUAAAGAAUUUUUCCAUUGGGCUUUGAAGCCACCUGGAUGGAGAGAGGAAUGGAAUGUAGGUGUCAGAGUGAAAACGACAGGAAAACUUGUCGCAUUCAUUUCAGCGAUUCCAAUUAAUCUAACAGUUAGAGGAAAAAACGUCCCAAGUGUAGAAAUUAAUUUCUUAUGCGUUCAUAAACAAUUGAGAUCCAAGAGAAUGACACCAGUACUUAUCAAGGAAAUCACCAGAAGAGUCAACAAACAAAAUAUCUGGCAAGCACUAUACACCGCAGGUGUUGUGUUGCCUUCACCUGUAACUACAUGUCGUUAUGCCCAUCGUCCUAUCAAUUGGAAUAAAUUGCAGGAAGUUGGAUUUACAGAUGUACCAGCUGGUAAAACUGCUGCUGAAAUGGUAGCACUAUAUACUCUACCAAAGGAUACCAAGACUAAAAAUCUGAGACCCAUGGAAUUGAAGGAUGUCAGUCAAAUGAUGACUCUCUUUGACAAGUACGAAUCUCGUUUCGAGUUGGUUCAAUCUUUUAACCAAGAAGAGUUCACCCAUUGGUUCUUAGGUAGUUAUGGGAAGGAAUAUAUCCCAGAAAAUAAAAAAGUAAUUUUCACCUAUGUAGUUGAAAAUGAAGAUGGUAAAAUAUCAGAUUUCUUUUCAUUUUAUUCUUUACCUUUUACUGUGCUGGAACAUGAUGUGCAUUCAGAAUUAGGUAUAGGUUAUCUAUUUUAUUAUGCAUCUGAUGCAGAUUUGGGAUUCGAUGACAGAUUUUCUGAGGAUGCUACAAAGGCAUUAAAGACAAGAUUAAACAGUUUAAUAAGUGAUGCCACUAUCUUAGCUAAGCGUGCGAACAUGGAUGUCUUCAACGCUUUGACAUCUCAAGAUAAUACAUUAUUUUUAGAAGACUUGAAAUUUGGUCCAGGUGACGGUUUCUUGAAUUUCUAUUUGUUCAAUUACAAGGCCUUCCCAAUCGGGGGCGGUCUAAAAGAUGAUAAGAGUUACGACACUGUUAAGCGUAGUAAUGUGGGUGUUGUCAUGUUAUAG